GAGUUUUGUAAGGCCAGCCUCUCGACGUGCAACUUUUGUCAUGCCUCCUUUACGAUCUCUCGUCGAGCCGGUUUACCUCCAUUCCAUCUCUUUACCCAAUUUUAGUUUAACUCCACCUUUAAGACUGUCGGGCCUUUAAAGGCAGAACACAUUUCUUGAAAACGUCUUUAUACUUGUUUGAUACGGGACAAAACCUAAAUACUAAGUGGGACUUUGAAACUUUUGAAACCGAGUCUGGCAGGUGGCUUAAGGUUCAGCGUUCCUGCCUGACUGAGGAGCUGAGAUGAUGGUCAGAUUCAAGCUGAUGGUCCUCUUGCAGGGCCUGGCUCUGUCCCUGUUUGGCCCUGCCUACGAAGCCUCGUCUCUGGGGCUGACAGUCCACGUUGUGCCCCUGGAAAGCGAUGCAGGGAGAACGGUGCGAGCUCAUUUCAGUGCCAUCGUUCCCAGUCCCUGUCCAGCUUUGUCAGGACUGUGCGCUGAAGGGGAGGACUGUCAGGUCCACGCCACCUCGUUUCCUUUCAACGGCACCAAACCCGAGUCUGGCUGGUGUGUCCGCCAGUGGCAGAAAACUGUUCCCAGUGAUUACAACGCCACCAUCAGUUUAGGGUCCACAGAAUUUUAUGUAUCUAUGAAGGCAGGACCAAAAGUGCGGGCUAAUAGUGGGAGACUCAACCAACCUCCUUUUGUUGCUCUCCCUCCUCCACUAAGGGCCCGUGUGAACUGCCCUCACCACUUUCAUUUAUCAGUGAAAGACUUGGAUGGUGACAAGGUGCAAUGUCGCUACGCCCGCCCCGACCAGGGAGAGUGUCUCGACUGCAGUCAGCACUCUUUUAUAGAGCUCAACCAGGAGAAAUGCAUGUUGACAUUCACUGGAAAAGCACCAGCAGGACAGUAUUUCAUCUACCUGAUGGCGGAGGACCUGAUUCCUGUGCCCAAAAUAAGCCAGGUCAAGGACAACACACCCCUAAGCUCUGUCCCUGUGCACCUCUCUCUUACAGUGGAGGAGUCGACCUCCAGCUGCAGUGAUGAACCUGUGGCAAUGGAUGAGACCCCCAAAGAAGACUCCACAAUAUUUGUCCUGCCAUACCAGGAGGUGAAACUCAACAUCAACUUUAUGUCACAGCAGGAGAGUGUUUUGGAGGUAGCAGUGGUUGGUCCCCCUGAACUCCAAAGGGUUGGAUUCAAAACAGUUGGCCCUCUGGCAAUGAUGAGUAUGGGAUGGGUCCGCUCCGAAAACACACUGGCCAGCGUUUUGCCCAUCUGCUUUGCUGCGAAUACCAAGAGUUUGCAGUCUGAGCCCAGAUGUGUGUGGCUGUACCAAAGGGAAAUGAGGACGCUCCCUGCUGGAACAGAGCUGAAAUGUGGGAGGACAGAGAUGACUUUGCUGCUCCCUGUCACUUCCCUGAGUGAAGUCAACUUGGCCGAACUGCAGCUCAACAGCCCCACCUGUCCCGUCACCUACAACAACACACACCUUACUGCAACCAUCUCCUUGAGUGGCUGUGGCACCAAGAUUGUGCAAUCUGGUUCGGAGCUGGUUUACACCAACACCUUGCAAAGUGUGCGUCCCUACUCGGUCAUCAGCCGCCAGCCGUCCCUCAUCCUCCCUCUGGCCUGCCGUAUACCUGCAGUUCAGGUCAAGGGACCGCAGUACCAGAUCAGCCUGCCCACAGAGAGGGAGACCUUUGGUGAACUUGAUAUCUGGAUAGAAGUUCACUUUCCAGGAGAGGGACCGUUUGCAACAUUCACACGCAACCCCACGUUUCGCACCUCCCAGGGCUUGCUAAAUCGAGUGCGCAGAGAAGCAGCCAGCAACUCCUCUUCUAGUCCAGCUAUCGGGUCCAAAAUCAAGGAACUGGAUCUCCAUGUGAUGUCCAACUGCAGCAUUGAUCGAGCUGAGAUGAUAGUGAGCAAUUGUAUUGAGUCUCAGACGGAAGACUUUGCAGUAUCCCGGACUAUCCUGGAGCAAGGGUGUACAUCUUCCGAAAGCGCAGUAGAAAUUCCUACAACAAAAAGCACUUCCAAGGUUUACCGCAUCGAUCUAAGCAAAGUGGACAAUCAAGGAUCAACGAUGUAUAUCCAGUGCACAGUCAAUCUGUGCAUCAGCACCUUACCCUCUCUGAAGUGCCCCAGUCUGUGCACUCGCUCCUUUAAUCAGAGAGCUGUGAUCAGCAGUCUGUUUACCAGCUCCUACACCGUACGCUCAGGAGCAGUUAGCCUUGUGGUCACAACUCCUGCACCGAAAGUAAACGUCACCCCUACUGCGACCACUGCAUCAACUACACCAGGUGCACCAGCUGCAGUCACGACUGUCCUUCCAAAUGUGACACCUUCCCAGAGCACCGCCUCGCAUGCUCCAGAACAGACCUCAGCAAUGGCAGCAGGAGUGAUUUUGACAACUGUCUGCAUAUUUCUUCAAAACAUCUUCCUUUACUGAACCUGCUGCUAGAUGAUGAUCUGUAAUAACACGUAGCACUACAUUUGUCUGUUUGAGAUGUUUUUGCUUGCAUCCUGUCAGCUUUAUACUACUUCCACUUUCUUCUUUCCAUCAUGCAUGUACCCUUAAUCUUUAUCUUAAUUAAAAUGGCAUCCAAGCCUGGCUAAAACAAGCUAAAAAAAAAAAGAAAGAAAAGACAAGGAUGAUGCAAGCAUGAGUAUGGUGGCAGGGUGGAAUGUAUCUAAGUAUAUUUAUUCAAGUGCCGUACUAUAGAGGCAUAAUAUGUGGCAAUUGCUGUUUGCUGUUCGAAAACAACCCAGUCAAAUUUGGCAAAGUUUGAAGUACUUGUUCUCUACCUGAGUAUUUCCACUUUAUUAACUUUAUAUUUGUACUCCACUAUAUUUUAGAGUCAAAUAUUGUACUUUUUACACCACCACAUUCUGUGGUGGUGCUGAAAUUUGCAAGUUAAAAGAUGCUUCUGUAUGGGUUGAGAAACUUAUGUAUUUAUGCUAAAUAAAGUAUUUUGAAUUAGA